CAGCGGGGGUGCGCACAAAAUGCAACGCAGAGGAGAGAAAAGAAAACGAACGUAAGAAAAAGAAAAGUUACAGUAACCUCGAUGGCGGAAAGUUGACAAGCCACCGCGCCUACGAUAUCGUUGCAGCAACUCCUCAGCAGACCGCCCUUGCCCACGCGGAGGACGCCAAUUCAUCCCCAGGGGCGCGGCAAUGGGCGACGUCUGCUGUGGCUGCGGCUGAGGUGGCAUGUCCAGCAGCCUGGAGGCGCCCUCUCCGCCCCCACCCUCCUCCUCUCCUUCCCCGGCCCCACAGUCAGCCAUGACGGUGGACUUCUCGGCCUUUGGGCUGUCCUCCUUCGUCGGGGGGACAGACAACGCCACCCAGGCCCUCUACCUGUUUCCCGAGGCUGCACCGUUCUCUCCCAAGGACCAGACAAAGGGUCCUUCAUCCCCAUCUAGCCGAGCCUAUGACCAUGCCGGUGAUGCUAUGCUCAGUGCUAUCAAUUAUGGCGAGGAUGAGGUGCUGCACGAGGGUUUUGAGGUUCCAUUUGGCUCCCUGGAUGGUCUGCUGCGGUUGCCCCCUCGCCCGGCCACGGCCCCUGCCGAUCCCUCCCCAUUCGACCUCCUCGGGGACAGUGAACUGCAGUUGUCACCGCCGCAGGCCUUUGGCGCAGCUACUCAUGCGCCGGAUUCAGGUGUAGGGAGCAGCGGUGAUACAACUGGAGCUUCCCUGUCGCUGCCAUGCAUCAGUCUUCCUUCGGACAAGGAGCUGGGACGGCUGUCACCGGCCCUGUCGGCUGCUGCUGGCAUGCGGCCCAUCGCCAAAGUGGGUGGCAAUGGUGGCAGGGCCCCUUCUGCGCAGCCUUGCCCUGUCUGCGGCAAGGUGUUUGGAAACUCGAGCGCGCUGACCAAGCACAAGCUGACGCACUCGGACGAGCGGAAGUACGUAUGCAGCCAGUGCCACAAGGCAUUCAAGCGGCAGGACCACCUCAAUGGCCACCUGCUGACGCACCGCAACAAGAAGCCCUACGAGUGCGAUGUCGAGGGCUGUGACAAGAGCUACUGUGAUGCCCGCUCCCUGCGGCGUCACAAGGAGAACCACCAUGCCUCUGUGGCUCUCACCCUGGUGCCCUUCCAGGCCAUCCCGCUGCCACCUCAGUUGCAACUUGUGGCAUUUCCAUCCGAAGAUGGAGGGACCUCAGUGUGGGCUCCAGUGGGGGGAACUGGUCAGCGCCCUCUGCUGGUGGCACCGACAACACAGGGCGCAACCGUGCAGCAAGCCCCACCACCGCAAUCGUCGCAGCAGGAAGCACAGCAGCAGACUUCUCAGCGGCAGCCUUCGCCUAGACCGUCGUCGCAGCCCGAAGGUCCGCCACUUUUACAACAGCUUCUGGAGCCAAACAAGACAUGGACAACUGUGUCAGCGGUCCCAUAUUCUGCAGAGGCAAUAAAUGAGCCAUCGCAGGGCAAUGGUGGUAGCUCACUGUCGUCUGCGCUGGACGCUGUGCCAAUGGCAGCCACAGAAUGCCUCUGCAGCCUCUGCCAUCAGAAACUGACCAGCCUGUCUGAACUAGAGCAGCACAUGCGGCUCCACCAGCCACCUGCUACGACCGCCACCACACAGAGCACGGCCAUUUUCACGCAGGGCCUUCAAGGAACAUGCCAGUCAUCCAUGGAGCCUGCUACAGUAAGCAGGUCAAACAUGGCUAUUCUACAGCCAGACGAAGUCGUCACAUCUGCUGCGCCAAGCCAACAACGCCCUGUGCCUCUGCUCCCACCUCUGAAUACAUGGGCCAUAAGGCCAGCUCGUCCAUUGUUGACGAGUACCAACAACGAGCGUCGACGCCACUCCGACUCGGACCACUUGGCCUUCGAAGGCAGCAGCGGUCUCCUUGCUGACCUCCUACUGGGACCUCGACGCACUUCUAGAGUGGGCUCUGACCCAGGACUCGAACCUCUGCCCUCCUUUGAGCAGCUGCAGGGGCUGGUGGCAUCGUCUCGGAGCUCACUUGUGCCAUCACCUGAUGGCAUGCAGUCUGGCAUGUCGUACGGUGACUCCCAUCAGCACGAGGAUGUGUUUGCAGCCAUUAGCGAUGCAUUUGAUGAGGAAGAAGAGAAGCAAAACAAAGACAUGUGCAGUUUUGUCGACAACCACUCACCACACCACGGCGGACUCGGACGGUCUCCAGCGACAACUCUGGUGCAGUCCCAGGCAAGCUUUGGCCACGAAGUGGUGUGCGUGCCGGACUCACCGCCGCUCGUCGAAACCAAGGAGAUCAAGUCUGAGCCAACUUAUGAACAAAUGGACAUUCAGCAAUCUGUGGAAACUUCAACUGUGCACAGGACUGUAGAGAUUACUGUACCAACGACAGUGUCAACAAUAGCGCACUCAAACACUCCGCUGCCUACCAGGCAACCGGUUGCACCAGAUGUUGGUAGCACUCAACCUGCCGAAGCUCUGGAGGUUCCUUUGGAGCCGAAGAAACCCGUGGAAGGCACUGAAGAAGUGUCUUCGUGCCGAUCUGCAGAAUGUGAUGAUGACGAUGUGUUUUUAAGCCCUAUUCCAACGUGCCCCUUGCGGAGCCGACGGAAACACAGACCAGAGCCCCUGUACAUCCCACCCCACGUGAAUGCCAUCGGCUUCCCAAGCCGGCUGCGCUCUCCUCGUCUCUGGGACCCUUGCGGGGAGGCCGGGGGCUGCAAGGGGUCUGCUGGGGUCACCUCACCGCCCCCGUACACUCCACCUCCCAUGCUCAGUCCACUCCGGUCAGGCUCCGGUCUCUUCUGGCACGUCUUCUCAGGGCCGCGGUCAGCUGGAGCGGUCACACCUCAUGCUAUCACUCCGAGGGAUCGGGUGAGUGCCGCCUACCCACCGCCUAGUGGAGGAGGCAGCGGUCUGGUGCCCCAGUCACCUCUGGAGAGUCCGUGCGAGGCGUCCCUCUCCGAAGAGGAGGGCGAGCUCGCUCCAGAGACAGACAUCCUUCCGCAUGUCAAUGUUGGUCCCCAGUUCCAAGCCCGGUUGCCCCCUUUAGAUGCCGAAGAGGCAUUGAAGUCUCAACACCAUGCUGACCUCGUCUGGGAUCCACGCAUUGGAGAUCACUUGGCUGACGAUGAAGUGGAGAACUACCUGGAGUUGGCGUGCUGUGCGGCCAUCCCUGGUGGGGGCCGGAACCGAGAGUACGCCUUCCACAUUUUGGCACUCUGCCAGGGAAAUCUGCAGGAGGCAACAUUGCAGUUGAUGGAACGGGAACCACGGCUGCCCGGUGGACACCCACUGCUGACGUACCGCUACCCUGAGUGCCACCGUUGGAGCCGCGAGGAGAUGGAGCGCUUCCAGGACGGGCUGGCCACUUUCGACAAGGACUUCCUGCACGUGGCCACCAAGGUUGGAACCAAGAAUGUACAGCAGUGUGUAGAGUUUUACUAUGUGUGGAAGAAAGUGGCACCUGAGGAGUACCGGCGGCUGCGGUGUUUGCGGCGGCGACGUGAGCUUGACCAGGCGGCACCGGAGGAAGACGACAUGGAGGAAAUGGCUGGUAGCCCCUCAGCCAUGCCUGCAGCCAUGGCCAAGCCGACUGUGCCCUCGUCGGAACCUGUGCAACCCUGUGAGCCGCCGCAGGAGUUUCCGUGCAGACUCUGUGGAAGGGUGUUUGCCAAAGUAAAAAGCCGCAACGCCCACAUGAAGAGCCACGGAGCUCCCCGGUCGGUGGCCAGCAGCCGCUUCGAGUUCUGAGCGCCGGCGGCCGCACUGCUGGUGCCCCCCCGCUGCUGCUGCUGCUGCCACGUUUGCUGCAAUUGCUCAACGUCCUGGCCAUCGGUUCUGGCCAGUGGUUCUGGCCCACCGUCCCCCCCCCCCCUCGCCCUGUGUCGUCUUCUCUGUACAUGGCUUGUAAAUACUAGGUUCUUCGUCAUUCUUUUUAAUUGGGGGAGCCGUAACGAUCCCGUUGCCAAGGCCGUCCGGCGGGUCUCGUUAUUUUUGUACUCGCGACGCGCAUUCUCCACAGAUUAAAGAAGAGAAGAUAUGCUGUUGA